AUGAAUGAUGAGUGGCAUACUGGCAUACCUUUGCUCGACUUUCCCGAUGAAGAAUCCCAGACACCUACGUAUUCCGAUCAAGUCGAUACCGACGACCCCGAAAAGGAAGAUCCUAUGUAUGAAGUUUACACGACUGUACUUCAUCAGUUUGCGCGAGACGGGAUCGUGGAAGCGAUUAAAUACUACUUAGACUCAGAUCCCAAGCUUGCUAAAGAGCAUAGCUCUGAGAAAGUAAGUAUUGUAGAAAAACCGCAAUAA